AUGUCGCGGCCCUACUCAAACCUUCAACCGCAUGCGCGCGACUCUCUUGAACUGGCCAGCCUGGCUUCCAGCUCUCCCGGUCCAAGGACAUCCUCCUCCUCAACCUCCUCUCGACCCGGCAUAUCUUCAUCCCGAAAGCUGUCCCUAGAAGAAGACGACCCCCUCGAUGAUCGAAAUCCUGCUGCGGGUGGAAGACCAGGACCUCACAAUCGAUCCUUCUCCGUUUCCUCCACAUUCGACUUUGCCUCGAAUCUCUUCCCCCUAUCCUCCACCACCGGAAAUGGCUAUGCUCCAAUAGGGCCCCCCAUAUCUGCAUCGAAUGACCAGACCGCGUUGGGAGGUGUUUCGCUAGAGAAGCACAAGACAUUGACAUACUUGAACGGGUUGUCGCUCAUCGUUGGGUUGAUAAUUGGGUCCGGAAUCUUCUCUUCGCCGAGCCAGGUCAACGUCAAUGCUGGAUCGCCAGGGGCAUCAUUGAUUGUAUGGGCAAUUGCUGGACUGCUGGCAUGGACGGGGGCGUCUAGUUUUGCGGAGCUGGGAGGGGCAAUACCGCUGAAUGGAGGCGCGCAGGUCUACCUGUCCAAGAUAUUCGGGGAGCUCUUUGGUUUUCUCUUCACGUGGUGUGCGGUGAUGGUCUUGAAGCCUGGAUCUUCAGCCAUCAUAUCCAUCAUCAUGGGGGAAUACCUCGUCCGAGCAGCGAUCGGUGCAGAAGCAGAGAGUGUCAGCUCUUGGAUCAACAAGUCAGUGGCGUUGGUUGGGCUAUUUGCGGUCACAUUGUUGAAUUGUAUAUCUACGAAAUUGGGAACUAGGAUGGGAGACAUGUUUAUGUUCUUCAAGUUUGUUGCACUGCUCGGCGUUACGGUCAUUGGCAUUGUGGUUGCGGUUACAGGGUUUUCAGCAUCGGGUCAGGCGAAUCAAGACUGGAAGACAAUUGGUUGGUUUGAAGGGACGUCAACAAAUGCAUCUUCUUGGGCAGUGGCCCUUUAUGCUGGGCUCUGGGCCUUUGAUGGCUGGGAUAAUACAAAUUAUGUGGUGGGAGAGUUCCGGAACCCAUCGCGAGACCUUCCGCGAGUUAUCCAUACAGCCAUGCCCCUCGUAAUUCUCUCAUACAUCCUCGCGAAUGUGGCCUACUUCUUCGUCUUGCCGAUCAAGGCAAUCAAUGGUUCCAAUACCGUUGCGGUCAUGUUCGGCAGCAAAGUCUUUGGCCCAAUCGGUUCCCUGAUAUUGGCUCUCAUCGUGUCAGCAUCCUGCUUUGGUGCUUUGAAUGCUACAACCUUCACUUCCGGACGAUUGGUCUACGUUGCAGGCAAGGAGGGCUAUCUCCCCGAGAUAUUUGGAAAGAUCGGCGCCUGGAGGAGUGAGGAAAGGGGAUUAAAUACAAUACGGACUCGCAACUGGGCCUCGAAGAAACUUGCCAAGAUGUUUGGCGAUGAGGAAACCGGCCUCUUCUUCACACCCAUAAACGCCAUGGUUCUCAACGCUGUAUUGACAACAUGCUACAUUUUUGUCGGUGAAUUCGGAACCCUGCUCACCUUUUACGGAGUCGCUGGCUACACCUUCUACUUCCUUACUGUUCUUGGACUCAUCGUGUUGAGAGUCAGAGAGCCGAAUUUGGAAAGGCCGUACAGAGCUUGGAUCACAACGCCAAUAAUCUUCUGCUGCGUGAGCUUGUUCCUGCUCAGCAGAGCUGUAUUCGCGGAACCAUUACAGACAGUUGUGGUCGUCGCCUUCAUUGGAAUCGGUGUCCCGAUAUAUUACUGGAGGGUACGUGGUCGAGACAAGAGCACAAAAAGAGAAAGAAGUGAUAGCGUUGGGGAGGGGCAUGGGUGGCAAUUCUGGAAACGAUUCCAGAGGUAA